UCCAUUGUGGUUUUUAAAAUUCGUUAUAAAAGAGUAAUAAAUUAGUAGCAACCAUUAAUCGUUCGAGCAACGGCUUCAUUAGUAUUCAUCGGAAGGCACGUUCUUUUCUCUUACAUCAAGCUUUUUGGUUGACGUCUAUCGCCAUGACGGACAAAACAAACAUUUUAUACCUCUUCGACAGACCUACUGAACCUUUAUUCAUUGGAAAAGGCGAUGACAAUGUUACUUUCGAUAUUCCUACUGAAUACUUGGUGGACCGUUACAAACCGUUGGCGUCCGAACUUCAAACUAGGUUUCCCAGCGGCGGCAAAACCGUACCCAUAACUAAGCUGAACAAAAUUCCGGACCUAUCGUUUCCGCUGUCUUUGGGUCGAAAUGAACCGUUCUCUCUAUUCAACCCAUAUCACAGUGAUAUGGCCGCUCGUUUAAUCGAGAUUUUCAUGGCUGCCAAGAAUUAUGACGAGUUCUUAUCGCUAUCAGUGUACUGCAGGGACCGCAUUAACUCUUACAUGUUCAUCUACGCUCUGUCCGUGGCCAUGAUACACAGACCUGACACCCGCAACCUACCACCGCCGUCUCACGCCGAAAUGUUUCCCAGUCUGUACUUGGACUCGUCCGUAUUUAGCAGGGCAAGAGAAGAAUCAGUUGUCAUUCAAGCCGGUUCCAGGACGCCCAUCGAAAUACCAUAUGACUACUCGGCCACUGACGUAGACAUUGAGCACAGAAUCAGCUAUUUCCGUGAAGACGUCGGCGUGAACCUUCACCACUGGCAUUGGCAUCUCGUGUACCCUUUCAACGGUCCCUUAAGUGUGGUUAACAAAGAUAGACGGGGCGAACUCUUCUAUUACAUGCACCAGCAGAUCAUUGCCAGGUACAACAUGGAACGGUUAUCAAACGACAUGAGUCGGGUGGUGCGUUUAACCAGCUGGCACGAACCAAUUCCGGAAGGAUAUUUCCCGAAACUCGACAACGUACUAGCCAACCGCGUGUGGCCUCCUAGACCUGCCAACACUAAACUUUCUAACAUCAACAGAGAAGUGGAACGGAUUAAGUUUGAUAUCGAAGACAUGGAGCGCUGGAGAGACCGCAUAUACACCGCCAUUCAUUCAGGAUUUAUCAUAAACACCGCCGGACAGCAAGUCAGGCUAACCGAAACCGAUGGAAUCGACAUACUAGGAAACUUGAUGGAAUCUAGUAUACUGAGCCAAAAUCCAAAUUUGUACGGUGGGCUGCACAACAACGGGCACAAUGCUAUCGCUUACAGCCACGAUCCCGACAGCAGAUACUUGGAAAACUACAGCGUGAUGGGAGAUUCGGCGACGGCUAUGCGAGAUCCGAUAUUCUACCGAUGGCAUGCUUACAUCGACGACAUAUUCCACGAAUUCAAAGCUACCAUUCCCAGUUACAGCGUUCAAACCUUGUCCUUCGAAAAUGUCAGGGUGGAAAGCGUAAGAAUUACCAGCCAAAGUAAUGGACAACAGCUUACCAACGAGUUAUCCACGUACUGGCAACAGAGCGAAUUGGACCUAUCUAGGGGUUUGGACUUUAUGCCUCGGGGCGCAACACUGGUCAGGGUCACUCACUUGCAACAUGCUCCGUUCACGUACAGAAUCGUCGUUGCGAACAACGACACUCAACGUAUGGGUACCGUUCGCAUUUUCAUGGCACCUAAAUUCGACGAACGUGGCUUACCAUUCUUGUUUAGCGAGCAAAGGAAACUGUUUGUGGAGCUGGACAGAUUCAGCACGACUUUGAAAAGAGGAACAAAUGAGAUCACACGUCGAUCGACAGAGUCAUCGGUGACUAUACCCCACGAAGUGACCUACCGAAAUUUGGACAGCAACAGGCCUACUUCCAACGAUUCAGUGUCGGGACAGGCUUUCAAUUUCUGCGGUUGUGGAUGGCCACAAAAUAUGUUAAUUGCAAAAGGUUCGCCCGAAGGGUUCCAAUGCCAGUUGUUUGUUAUGGUGUCAAAUGGCGCCGAGGAUACGGUGCAGAACAACGGACAAACCCAACAAACCUGCGACGACGCUUCAAGUUAUUGCGGUCUUCGUGACGCCCGUUACCCGGAUGCCAGGAGCAUGGGAUUCCCGUUCGACCGUACUCCUAGGGACGGAGUGGCUUUGUUACAACAAUUCUUGACGCCCAAUAUGGUCACUCAGGAUGUGCGCAUACGAUUUUCGAACCGUGUCGUAGCCUCUCUACCAGCGGGAUCCACCAGCGGCGGCAGUUCGACUACUCAGAGUCAGAAUCAGAAUCAGAAUCAGAACCAGAACCAGAGCCAGAAACCGAACCAGAACCAGAGGCCGAACCAAAACCAGAGCCAAAAUCAGAAUCAGAGACCGAACCAGAACCAGAGUCAAAGUCAAAACCAGAGGCCAAACCAGAACCAAAGGCCAACCCAAAACCAGGGUUCAUCCGGAUCAGGGGGUAACAGGUGGAACUAACGAAAACCAAAUAAUUCGAUUUUAGACAUCGAUCGAAAGCAUAACCGGACGCGCCUUUAUUCAUUUUUACAUUAUUAUAUUAAUUAUUAUUUAUCCUAUCGGCUCAUAAUUUAUUAAUUGGCCGUACAUUGCCACAUAAAUAUUUAUGCAUACAUAUAUUAAAAUACAAUAAGUACAUAUACAUGAAGAAUUAUCAUUGUUCUCAAUUCAUAUUACUAUAGGAUAAUAAAUUAUCAUUUAUCAA